AUGAACCAGUUUGCCGUUUUGCUUAUUACGUUAGUUCAGGUGGCGCAGCUUACAAGUGGCACUGAAUACACCGAUUGCGGCUCAACCAUGGGCUCACUGAGUGAGGUAAGCGUGACUCCAUGCGACAGCAGUCCGUGCACAUUGUACAAGGGCGAGGACACUCGUGUGAGAGUGAAAUUCACAACAAGUAGACGCAUCACAACCGGGACAUUCUUAUUUUCGGGAAUUAUUGACGGGCAAGAGAUACCGUUCAACCUGACGAAUUCCUACAUUUGUCCUUAUAUGCGACCCAGAUGUCCUCUCCGAGCCGGUAGAACCGUGUACACUUUCACUUAUUCUCUACCUGUCCAGACGUCAUAUCCAUCAAUUACACUCCCAGUGGAUUGGAAAUUGGUUACCAACGGUCAGACGGCCAUCUGUUCUUCUCUGAAUACCGUCAGUUCGGCAGAUGUGAUUGACAUCUCUCUCCGAUCGGCGAACUUUGAUGCACUAGAAAUAACGCUACCUCUUUCAGUUGCUGAUGAAGUGCAUCAUUCAAUCGCUAACAUCCCGAAAAGUGCAAUCCAACCUCUGGAAUCUGACCAGCCCGAAACAGAACCUUCUUCUGGUCUGUUGAACUUCAGGAUGCGGAUAAGCUCGAAGCCUUUCAACAGUGAUGCUCCUAAAGAUCCAAGUAUUUUCAAGUCACCAAAAGACCUGAAACCGGAGGUGCCUCGCUCAAUGUCAAAGCUGCAAGCCAUGACGAGGCGCUCAAAACCAUCACAACUUCCCGUUGGUGUGUCACCGUUCAAAAUCGAAGUAUCCAUGACCGAAACAAAGACCAAGCUUUUUCUUCCUUCAAAAGAGAACGAUCUCGGUGGCAACCUUUUGAGCGUUACGGAGGCGGCGAAGGCUAUUGCUGCAGCUUUCCGGCUUACCUUACCCCAGUUCAAUGUUUAG